CAAUAAGGGUACGGUAGGCCAAUACCAGGCCAUUCAUAACGAUGAAUGGAAAUGUGACGCAAGUAGGAAGAUAAUUACUUACAGGUUCAUAUUUUGAUGUGAAGUUGUGUCUACGCUUGAUUGCCGUGUUUUAACGGGUAUGGCUAUUUAGUUACGGUGAUGCACAAUGCCAAUUAAAAUAAUUUUCAUCGCGGGAUUUACGGGAAAUUCGGAAACCAGUUAGGAUGUAGAGUACUGCCUACGACAUGGAUAUCGGUUUAUUGUUAAGAAAAGUGUUAAAUUUAAUUUCAAAGUGUUUUCUAGAAGUGUCUUUCUAAAAGGAUUCGCAGAAUUUUGUAAACCAGAAGGGAGCUUCCAGAUUCAGGUGUUAUCCGGUCAAUAAAUAAAGAGUACCCAGUGACCACAGACAUGGGGAAUGGUGCAUCAGCUGAUGGCUCCCCAACUACGGUACAGGUGAAGGCAGCCCCUGAGAGCUCACGAUCUGCCCCAUCAUCAGAUCAAACAUCCUCCUCAAAGUCACCUAGUCGAUCAAAAAAUACUUCCUCCAAGGCACAAGCCAAACCAAGGCAGGCUCGCUCCGAGGCCUCUACUCCUCGUAAGGGAAAAUUUGAAGAAGUGGAAAUCCGUAAAAAUGGUGCUCCAGCCCGUCCACCACAAAGAGGUCAAGGUCAGGCUGGGGCCAGUGGCGUUACAAUCAAGCAGGGCAAGAACGCUCCCCGGAUUGGGGGCCAGAUCCUGGAAAAUGGCGCGCUGUCAAAAAGGACUAAAAAGCAAGUACCCCCACCCCAACCAGCCAAUCAACCCCAGCCAGCCAAUCCACCCCAGCCAGCCAAUCCACCUCAACCAGUUGAUCCACCUCAACCGGUCAGUCCUCCUUCCACCGAGAAGCCUCCGUCGCAGUCGCAAGUCAGUGCGUCGUCCCAGGCACAGGCUUCAAACAAUGACGAACAGACUGUUCCCCAACAGUCUAAGCCGGACGUUCAAAAGUCUCAACCACCGCCACCUGCAAGACCAAAAGGCCAGGGUCAGGAAGACAUCGUGUUUGAGACAUUUUACCACCGUAGUGGAAAGGAGAUACAAUGUAUGUACCUCGGUAAUACCCGGUACUACCUCGACGACUGGGGUUCAAAGGAAUGGCAACUUUUCCCCAAGCGCUGGUACAAUGAAGGACUGCUUAUUACUAAUAAUGUCCUCAAGGAUGAACACCAGGCUCAGGCCAGUCAGCUGGCAGCACAGCAGAGCCAGGGGGUAGCAUCCGGGUCUGGGGCAGGCACCUCAGGAUCUGGUGAGGGAGGACCAGCUCAACCAGGGACAUCAAAAUCCAGGCGCAGUGGGGACGACAGAGAGGGUGUACUCAAACAUCCAACAAAGGGGAGGAUACCAACGUAUAUAUACCAGAGGAAGCACAAUGUGCACUUUUUCUAUGACCAAGAUCAGGGUCAGUGGAUGAGGAUGCCCAUUGGCUGGGAGUUACAUCACGAGAUGGUUGGACGCCUAGUUAAUCAGGUAGAGGAAAUGAUGCCGACCUGGGCUGAUCGUGGGGACAUCCUAGCACUUCUGCGGCAGUGUAAUUAUGACAUUGACGAGUGUAUCUCCACUUAUCUGUCUCUGGAGGGAGAUCCCUGGCUCAAAGUGGCCAAGACAUCAAAAGAAGUGAAAGGUAGCCAAGAAAAAGAUGAACGGAUAAUUGAACUGGAAAAAAAAGUCAAGGAAUUGGAAAAUGAACUCAGUAAAGAAAAGAAAGAACGGCAGGAUGCAGAGAGGAUUGUAAGAGACCAGCAGGAGAAGCUGACUGACCUAGAAGUGAAUUGUAAACAGGCUGAGGCACAGUUGUCCUCCAUGGCUUCCACACGACCCAAAUCCAGCAUGCGGCCUAAGACACCACAGGUUGUUACAACGGUGGUGAAGGAGGAGACGGUGAACCCAGAGGACAUUGAGGAUCUCAAUGAUACAGCUAAGACUGUGAGGAAAGCACAUGCACAGCUUAAGAUGGAGGUCAACCGAAACUUUCAGAGCCUCGGGGAGAUGAUGGCUCAGGCAUUGAAACAUGUGAAGAUGCUGAAGAGUUCGGGUCAAGGCCAGGUCGAGGAACUUGAGGAGGUGCGAGCUCUCUACAGAAAGGAAGCCAUGCAGCGGAGACUUCUGUACAACCAGCUUCAAGAACUUCGGGGCAACAUCCGAGUGUUCUGUAGGGCGAGGAAGGAUGACCGUGUAGACAACUGUCUCAAGUUUCCGUCCGACCAGGAUAUCGUGGCCCUACAUCCUCAGCAGGGCAAGAAGAUGUUCACCUUUGACCGAGUGUUCGGAGUGGAUUCAACACAGGAACAGGUGUUCGCUGACACCAAACCAAUCGUAUCGUCUUGUGUGGAUGGUUAUAAUGUCUGUCUGAUGGCCUAUGGUCAGACUGGAUCUGGCAAGACAUUCACCAUGAUGGGUCCUGAAAACAAUCCUGGUAUCAACAACAGGGCCAUCAGGGAGCUGUUCCAAGUGUGUAUGGAUAGGAAAGAGACUCAGACCUAUGUCAUGAAGGUUGGACUGAUUGAGAUCUAUAAUGAGACCGUGGUCGACCUCCUGUCAGAUGAUGCCAAGGUGAUAGAUCUUAAAACUAUAGGGAACAAAGUCAGUCUGCCUGGCCUCAUAGAAAUCGAAAUCAAGACGCCCAAUGACAUCAAGAGUAUCAUGAAGAAAGGAGACAAGAACAGAUCUGUGGCUUCAACAAAGAUGAAUUCCACCAGUUCACGAUCACAUCUACUUCUACUUCUGAAAGUGGAAGGUCAAGACAAGGUGACAGGAUCAAUGACCAAGGGGACGUUGACCCUGUGUGAUUUGGCAGGGUCAGAAAGGAUAUCCAAAACUGAGGCAGAGGGUCAACGUCUUGUGGAAGCAGCUGCGAUCAACAAGUCCCUCUCAGCUCUAGGACAGGUUUUCCAAGCUUUGCGGACCAGCCAGCUUCAUAUACCGUACAGGAACUCGAAGCUUACUCAGAUCUUACAGCCUUCCUUGGGCGGGGAUGCAAAGGCAUGUCUGUUCGUGAAUGUGAGUCCAGAUAUGAAUAACUCCAGUGAAACUGUAAGCACCCUGACCUUUGGUGCCAAUGCCAAGCAAGUGGCUCUGGGACAGGCGAAACAGAACAUCAAGAAAGGACUAGGAUCUUGAUGAUUAGCUGCAGCAGGACUGAAGAGAACACUAUCUCCUCUGCUUAGCUUCAUCUUUGAUUGUUAAUUGGCCAAUCAAGGAUUCUGGAUAUCUCCUACUCAUUAUGUUGAUUUAUCUCUGCCCUUGAUAGCACAAACCAACCAAUCAAGAACACUGGAUGUUUCCUUCUGAAUUCCUUGCUUCAACUCCGCCCCUCAAAGCAAAUCCACCAAUCGAGGACUGUGAAUGUCUUCUACUCAUCUCCUCGCUUCAACUCCACCCCUCAUAGCAAAUCCACCAAUCGAGGACUGUGAAUGGCUUCUACUCAUCUCCUUGCUUCAACUCCGCCCCUCAUAGCAAAUCCACCAAUUGAGGACUGUGAAUGUCUACCAGACUGAAGAAAAAAUCUGUAUCUUGAUCAACCAUUUCACUGUAUUUGUUCUUGCAAUACGUUUAUAAUAAUCAGUAUUUUACUUUUCUAUCAGAAUCGAGUAUUUUUUUUAAAUUACUCCAAAUUUCUUUUUUUUUUUUAUAUAAUGUUGACCUGUAACUUGUAAUAAGUAAAUGACCUUGGGUGAUCUCAAGGUUAUAUAAAUUAUUUAUUUGACCUUGACCUGUAACUUAUAAUAAAUAAGUGACCUUAGGUAAUCCAUAGAUUAAUUAUAUUUUUAUAUGACCCUGACCUGUAUCUCCAGAUUCAUGGUUAUUGAUAUUUAUUAUUUACUUCAUUAACAAAUGGUGGACACAUUUUUGGUUCUGGUUGAAAAUGGUAAUCUUGCUUACCAUAUUCCUUGUGAAAUAUGUUAAAAUUAAUAUUAGCAAUGUUUAAUGAGAGUUGUGACAGACUUCAGACAGUCAGAUAUCUACCUCUGUUGAACCACAUAUAAGUUUUGGCUCAGCCGAAAGCUCAAAAAGCUUACACAAUUUAUAAUUAUACUUUUAGCUCACCUGGCCCUGAAGACUGAUGUAAACACACUAUUUUUGAGGUUGAUAAAACCAUUUAUCAGCCAGAUGUAAAAGGCUUUAUAUGAUUGUUUCCUUAUUUUUGGUUUCGAUUUUAGCCAACCAUCAUCAAAUUGCAGGCUGUGUAAGUAAUUUUUGUCUGCUAUUUGCAGUCCGUCUUUAACCCUUUCACCACUGUAGACCAUAAUGGACUCAUCCAGAUCAAUGCACGGUAGAGGCUACUAAAGUUACAUAGGGGUGAAAGGGUUGAAAAUGUUUGUUACUCCUCCUUUGUAAAAUGUCCCAGAUAAGUCAUUCUCAAAGAUCCAAUGUAAGUGAAAAGCAUAUGUUUCAUUUUGAGACUGAUCAGAAGAAGAUUUCCACCAGGAACCCAUCUUGGAAUUUGAAAGCUGACGCUUGUUACAUAACGUAUUGCUAUUUAUCAAGAAGACUUUGAUACUUGAUCUCAAUUAACUUUGAAUAUGAUCAGAAUGACCAGAAAGAAGGUACUUUGACAAUCAAAGUUGUUAACAAUUCUACGACGGUAGUUCAGGUCUUUAAAUAAAAUUAACAUUUACAAGUUCCGCUUGGUCAUAAGUUGUGCACAUUCAAUUUUGGAACUCGUGAUCACAAGGUGGCCACAAGGUUGCAAUUUUAGAAUCGACAGAUCUAGAGUUUGUUGAAGUGUCAGUUUUGUCCCGGAGGGAUCUUUAAAAUUACCUAUCAAGACAUCUCUUUAUAUUUUCCCCUUGAUUGAAAAAGUGAUGCAUGGCAUCUUGAUUUUGAUUGUUGUCACAAUUUUUAGAGAGCAGAUAUUACUCAAAUAUCAGUAGUAGGUUGUUGCCUUUCUCUAGUUUUGCAUAUUGAAUUUUGAGCUUCAAGCUGUUGAAAUCAGACAUCUUUCUAGGUCUAUUUUUUAUUGGUUUCACUAUAGUUUAGUAAUGACAACCUCACUUUGAUGGACAAGGUCACACACAGUAGUACGAUGUUUUGAUCACAAGAUGCAUGUUCUGUUGGCAUGAUGAUCAAUCUAAAAGAUAAGAUAAAAGAAUAGAUAAGAUAAUCUACAUGGAACUCUAAUGAUCUUGCUAAGGUGGGCACCAAGUUCCCUACUGGAUCUGGUCUUUACCUCUUGGAAGGUAAUUUAACUUAAAAAGUUUGAAAUUCUUUUCUAUAAGUAUAAGUUUGUAUAAAAUAUAAAGAAUUGUGUACUGAAGUUCCCAAUGCACAGACUUGAAGGUAUUUUUUAGUCUACAUUGAUAAUUUUCCUGAAAAUGAUGGGCACCUCUGUACUGGAACAUGUACUUUUCCAAAGACUUUUACAUUUGGUGUAUACAUGAACAGUCACUGAACUGUGACAAUAUUUCAUGGAUUGUGCAAUAGUUUGUAUAGCCAACAGCUGGCUGGGUCAAUGACAUUAUCGGGUAUAUAUUCUUGAUAAUAUGCUACAUGCAUUAUAAUUAUGCAAUGGAAUUGAUAAUUCAACUUGUGUUUUGUUUGGAGUGAUCUUUAUUUAUUUUAAUUAUUCAUAUUAUGAAAAUAUUUAGUUUAGAUAUUGUUAUAAUGUAAGAAAAGCCCUUCAGUUGAAGAAAUGAUAAUUCUUGUUAGUAACUUUCUGGACACAUACAAGAGGUCAUCUUUCUGUGGCUUUUGAGGCCGUGGCUGUCAUAUAUGUUGGUGGCCUUUGAGAAUUCAUGUUGGUGACCUUUUGGAGGUCAUAUGUUGGUGAGAUUUGAGAAGUGAUGUGCCUGACCUUUGAGAAGUCAUAUAUAUACAAAAAAUAUUUUACAACAAUUACGAACAUCAACUUCGUCAAUCACUCUUGUUGGCCCAGAUGUUAGUGCGCAGGGGGUCUUAAUGUGGGAGGAAACCAGAGUACCCAGAGAAACCCCACAUGGUCAGGCAGGGGACCCCAUACCUUUUCACAUUUGAUCGGAGAAUAAAACCCAGUCGCUUUGGUAAAAGGCAAAUGCGUUAUCCACUGCACCAUCCGACCACCCAGUCAUGUCAUUGACCUUUGGGUAGUCAUGUCAUUGACCUUUGGGUAGUCAUGUCAGUGACCUUUUGGGUAGUCAUGUCAUUGACCUUUGGGUAGUCAUGUCGGUGACCUUUGGGUAGUCAUGUCAGUGACCUUUGGGUAGUCAUGUCGGUGACCUUUGGGUAGCAAUGUCAUUGACCUUUGGGUAGUCAUGUCGGUGACCUUUGAGUAGUCAUGUCAUUGACCUUUGGGUAGUCAUGUCAUUGACCUUUGGGUAGUCAUGUCGAUGUCCUUUGGGUAAUCAUGUCGAUGUCCUUUGAGAAGUCAUGUCUGUGACCUUUGAGAAGUCAUGUCUGUGACUUUUGAGUAGUCAUGUCGGUGACUUUUGCGUAGUCAUGUCAUUGACCUUUGAGAAGUCAUGUCGGUGACCUUUGAGUAGUCAUGUCGGUGACCUUUGAGUAGUCAUGUCUGACCUUUGAGAAGUCAUGUCGGUGACCUUUGAGUAGUCAUGUCGGUGACCUUUGAGUAGUCAUGCGGUGAACUUUGAGAAGUCAUGUCGGUGUACUUGAGUAGUCAUGUCGGUGACCUUUGGGUAGUCAUGUCGGUGACCUUUGAGAUGUCAUGUCGGUGACCUUUGAGUAGUCAUGUCGGUGACCUUUGAGUAGUCAUGUCGGUGACCUUUGAGUAGUCAUGUCGGUGACUUUUGGGUAGUCAUGUUGAUGACCUUUGAGAAGUCAUGAAUUACUUAUGUAAAUGUAUUCCCUUUUUUUGUCUAUUGUCUUAAUUGAACAUGUUUUUAUUUUAAUUUCUAUGAAAUGCAAAAACUGUAAAUAAUUGAGAAUGACUUUAAAUAGUGAUUCAGCUGUGAUAAUUUAAAGUGUGAUACUCCUUGCAGUGGAAACUAGUAGUGGUGAUACUGUUGAUCUGUGAUACAAAUUUAUUUUUUAUAAAGUAUUAUAUGUUAUAAUGGUGUUUUUAGUAUAUUUAUAAUUCUGGACUAAAUUGAUCACCACAUUUUUACAAAUCUGAAUUGAUCUGUGUAUUUAUUAAUCUUGACUGAUUUGAUCUGUGUAUUUAUUAAUUUAUUUAUAAAUCAGGGCUCAAUUGAUCUGUGUGUUUAUAAAUCUUGACUGAAUUGAUAUGUGUAUUUAUAAAACUUGACUGAAUUGAUAUGUGUAUUUAUAAAACUUGACUGAAUUGAUCUGUGUAUUUAUGAAUGUGUACUUUCAAUUGUUCUGUAUAUUUAUAAAUCAGGGCUGAAUUGAGACGUCAGUUUUAAACACAUAGUUGCUUGUGUUCUUUUUAGAUGAUACCUUCAAUUAGUCGUAUCAUCUACUAUGUCUGCACAGUUGCUAUUACUCCAAUUAAUAGUUGGUACAAUGUUGUAAUUUACACCAAAACGGCAUGGGGCUUAUUUUGCCUUUUUUUCCAUCUUCCAUUUAUAAAUCUCUAGAACAAGUUUGGUUAAAAUCCCUUCAACGGU